UGUCUGCUGUUCAGCCUGCUCUCAUUUUACAUCACAUUUCCUCACUAGAUGGUGUGCAAGCCACUGGAGAAUAGACUUCUUCUUACAGUAUUGCUUAGACAAAACAAACCUGGAAAAGUCUCUGGAAGGACAUUUCUUGAGCUUUUUCACAGAGGGAAGAGCUGGAAUAAGAACACUGUUAGAGGCUUGUGGAAGAUAAGGAAGCAUUCUAGCAGCAAUGGACAUAAUGGUGAUGGUGCAGGAUGCUUGUUGCUCUGGCCAGUGGUUUACUGCGGUCGUUCUCAGUCUCUGCUGCUUUUUGCCCUCCUGCCUGCCAGCUGUACAACGUGUGGACUUUCCUUGGUCUGCGGUGGACAAUCUGGUUGCCAGACAAGGGGACACUGCUGUUCUGAGGUGCUACCUUUCAGAUGGUACCUCAAAGGGUGCUUGGCUGAAUCGGUCCAGUAUCAUUUUUGCCGGGGAUGAUAAGUGGUCAGUGGACCCUCGCGUAUCAAUUGUAUCGACUAUUGGCAGUAAACGAGAGUACAGCCUGCAGAUUAAGAACGUGGAUGUUCCUGAUGAUGGCCAAUACACAUGUUCAGUACAAACCCAGCACAAUCCAAGAACAGUGCAGGUGCAUUUAACAGUACAAGUUCCACCGAAGAUAUAUGACAUCUCUUCUGACAUUGUUGUUAAUGAAGGCACCAACAUCACACUUAUUUGCCUGGCCAGUGGGAAACCGGAGCCUUCUAUCUCUUGGAGACAUAUAACCCCAUUAGCCAAGACGUUUGAAACUGGAGAGUACCUAGUGAUAACUGGAAUCACUAAGGACCAGGCCGGAGACUAUGAAUGCAGCGCUGAAAAUGAUGCAUCAUUCCCCGAUAUGAAGAAAGUGAAAGUCACAGUAAACUUUCCUCCGGCAAUAUUGGAAAUGAAGCAUGCUGGAGUGGGUGUGGGACGCACUGUAUUAAUAAGGUGUGAAACAGCUGCAGUGCCAGCUCCUCUCUUUGAGUGGUACAAAGGCGAAAGAAAGCUUUCCAAUGGGCGACAAGGGAUUAUUAUUCAGAACUACAGCACGAGAUCUAUUCUCACUCUGUCCAACAUGACAGAGGAUCAUUAUGGUAACUACACAUGUGUCGCUGUCAACAAGCUCGGAACAGCCAACGCCAGCCUGCCUCUAAUCCCAUAUAUUGAACCUACCACUACUAGCCCUGUGUCAAGUCCAGCACCAAGCACUGCACAAUAUGGGAUUACAGGAAGUGCUGAAGUUAUUUUUUCCUGGUGGUACCUGGUGCUGGCGCUUUCCUCCUACAUCAGCAUAUAUUAAAUGAAGAUCACCACUCACAAGGAAUGUAAAGAACCCUAAGAGCAUUUACGAAUCAUUUGAUAUGGUUGAUGACUGGAUCCAAUCUGGUACAGUUUGUUAAAAGCAGCGUGGGAUAUAAUCAGCAUUACAUGAUGUGGGGAUGAUCACCUGUAGAAUUGCUCAUUAUGUAAAUACCUGAAUUCAACUUUUUUUCUGAUUAUCUACCUUGUGAAUCAGUACACAUUGUCCUAUUCAAAACGUAAAAGCUCAGAAAUUACUUUUUAGGUGGGGUGGGGUGGGGGGGCAUUAAUUGUCAUUUUCGUGUUUGUUAUCUUUAAUGGUUCAAAAAUGUUAUGUCCUGGUUUGACAAGUCCCAUGUAAAGUAAAAUAGAUUUACAUAACAAUACUGCAGUCAGCAUUACAAGAAGUCAACAUAAAAAACACUAUAAUUUAAACCCCAUUGAAUGCCAUUCCUUUUAACCCCCUAUUUUGAGAAAAAAAAAUUGUUCUAACAAAAUGUCUUGAUAUGAAAUGAUACCUAACAUCUGAAGCAGUGGAGGCAAGCGCUCCAAGAUUUUUAAGUAAAGAUUCUCAGAAAGUAGUUAUUCGUUUGGUCAAAAACAUGAACAAUUAUAUCACCGAGGGUGCAUAUUUUCUCUGUUAUGGUUUUUAAAGGUUUAGCUGCUGGUCUUGGGAGUAAAAACAUAUCAAACAUGAAAGUAGUCUGCUUCUUUGCUCUGUCUGCUGUGGUUCAACCAUGCCCUUUUGAAAAGGCAGUGGUGGAAUCAUGUAAAAAGGGGGUGAGGUGGAACACAGUCAGGACUUAUUAAAUUGCGUCAGGUCUUUUGCACAGAUUAUAAAAAAAGUUACAGCCAUGAGUACUGUAUGUAUUAAAUGGAUUGUGUAUGUGGUAGCUGUUUUCUUGUCCAUUUAGCAGUUGAAUUUGGAUAAGGCUGUAUAUAUUUUGCAUCAAUAAAAAUCCACAAUUCUACCACUUGAAAAGUAUUUUAAAGGUUUAUAUACAUGGUCUGGCAAAUGUACUGUAUUUUAGGUUGUACUAAGUAAUUUGAAGAUUUUGGUUUAUGUUAACUAGGCAAUAAACUACAGUAAUUAUUAUUGUUGUUAUACAUUGUUAAAUCAUUUUAUAUUGUUCAAUUGAAUUACCCUUAUUACAGUCCCAACGCUAAAACAGAUCACCACUGAAACAGAGAAAAUUAGAGAUUAUUACUGUUAACUAUUGUCUGGUUCAUAUAAACCAUGACCAGAAUUUAUUUUUCCAAUUUAACCCUUAGAUAAAAUGGAGGAAGAAAAAAAAAAUCAUACCUGUCAGCUUCUGUUGAAGAAUUUUCCAUUCACACUAUGUUGAUGCAGAUAGAACUUAUUUGGUCAACAUAGAAAGAGAAUACUGUAUUUUAAGGUUUGAAAUGUCUUGCUGUUUGAGGAUUUAUAAACAAAUUAACAAUUGCCUUAUAGCAGAUAGAUAUCCUGGACUAACUGACACACUAAUAAAAUCAGUUCUGAGGUUUGAAGGUCAAAUCAGGUAUAACCUGUUGGGGGUGUGCAAAUAAUUCAUAUUGACUUUUCCUUUUUCCAGUACCAAACUAAAGUGAUUUAUGCACAUCUUUAAAAACUAUCUCAGAUAACUGGAAAGAACCUUGGCUUAACUUAAUAUACAUUGCUACUUACUAAUAUCAGUUCUCCUGAGAAUAGUCCACGUUAUGUCAUUGGCAGCAGGGCUAUGCUUGAUUGUGUUGUGCCUGCCAUACAGUAUGUGUAGGCGAUGAAACUAACAUUAAUAUAGGACAGUGGCACUUCCUCUACCAUGUCAAUUCAUGCAUGAAUAAUAAUCCCAGUCUUCUUUUUUCAUGAUGCUCAAGUUACAAUUUACCACAGUUAAUUAAAAAUAAUCCUAUACAAAGCCUUUAAGGUUUAAUGUAAUUGCUUCAGCUUUUGAUAAUGUUAAUGUUCUGCUGUUGACUAUUUUAGUUUUCGAGGAUUUAUUUUUACUUUAACUCUGAUUAAGGGGGUGCAGUAAGUUCAGGCAAUGGCACCCCAGGAAAAGUAUGGGGGUAAGGUUUGGGUCCUUUGAUCUGCAACACAGGAAAUGAAUGGGAAGAUGCAACUUCCAUCAACCAUACAGCAUUGUGGCAGGAUAAAUGGACUGAAUCAUUAGAAAGCCAGGAAAAUAUCAACAGCAAACAAAUGAGAAAUUGAGAAAGCUGAUAUGCUAAUGAAAGAGUAGAUUUUUUAAACCUGUGUUGAAGUCGUGGUGAAUGUUCUUUAUAAAAUGCCAUGACCUGUUUUACGAAUGAUUGUAGCUUUUAAGAAUGAUUAAUAAUUAAGAAGCAGCUGUUUAAAUAUGCAUGUCAUUAAUUGAAAGGCCACAUCCCACGGCUUCCAAAGGUGUUUUCCUAUUGUAGUGUUAUAAAUAAAAUCAAAUGGCACUUUUUUUCAUGACAGUAUAUAUAUAUAUAUAUAUAUAUAUAUAUAUAUAUAUAUAUAUAUAUAUAUAUGUGUGUGUGUGUUCAACUGGCUAAAUUGCAGUCUGAAAGAUAGUGAACAAAAACAUGCAAGAUGUUCUGUUAUUGCCACCAAACUGACACAUUUGAUUUCCAAACCUAGCCUUUGGCCCCAAAUGUCCUUGCUUAAACCUAAUCAUGUAUAUGUCAACAAGUCAACAAUUGUUAGCUAGACCCAAAUCUCCCACAGCUCUACCCAACCUCAUUCGUUUUACAUAUUACAGUUUAAUGUGAUUGUGUCCUGUUUUACAGAGCUGUUCAUUAUUCAACUGGUUAUAAGCAGAAACAGAGUGUAAUGGUUAGCGAAGAGAUUUUUGUCACAAACUAUAAUGCAUCCAAAACUUCAGUUAUAUAUUUGUAGACUUUAUUUUUCUAUAGGCCUUUGAAAAAGCAUGCUCAGUUUUAAACGGGAGAUACAUGUAAAAGCACUUCCUAAAUUGCUUUGAUGUGACCUUGUUUUAGCUCUGUAAUGUGGUUACAAAAGCAAAAGUUCUAGCUCAUUAACCACAGACUUGAACAAGUCAGAAAUCAAUUUACCUUGACUUACACAGUGAUCUAAAAUUAGGGUAAAGUUAAUUUUACAGCAGAACUUUCUUACAAACAAAAGAAAUAACACAGGCAUGAGGUUGAGCUCACUAUAGCGGACGGAUCUCAAAAUGGGUGCUAUUUUCUGAAGAUCUGACUUUCAUUAGAAGUCUACAGAGACAUACUGUAUACAGAUAGUUCCUCUUACUAUAAACAGUUUAUUAUGUGUUUACCUGGCAGAUACCUUUAUCCAAGACAACUUACAGGUGUUACAGGCAAGCUUCAUAUUUAAAUAGUAUAGUUUACAGUAAGUGCAAAUAAUACAACUAAAUACAAUAUGAACAAACUGAAGUUUGGAUUACAACAAGUUAUAUCUACAAUGGCAUAGUAGUGCAAGGAUAGUGUAUUAGCUGAGGAUCCAGUAAGAUGGUGCAUAAGUCAGGCAAGUCCAGGGCGUAAUAGGUAGAGCAAGAGAUCUACAAGUGCAGUCUAAACAGGUGGGUCUUGAGGAAGCGGCGUAAGGUAGUAAGAGACAGUAGCUGAUUCGACCACAGAGGGGCUAGGGAAGAGGAGUGGGCACAGGAGGAUGAAGAGUGGAGGGAGGGAAGGCAUGACCAGUCAGCCUGUAGAUUAUUAUUAUUAUUAUUAUUAUUAUUAUUAUUAUUAUUAUUAUUAUUAUUAUUAAAUGGCAUUUAUACAGUACUAUGUAUUUUGUUGAUAUUAUAUUUAAGACCACAUUUUGGGCCAAAGAAAAGCUUAGGAAGAAUAUCUGGAAUUGGGUACUACAUUCAAUAUCACAUUCAAAUUUCUAGAAAAUACUGAUUCAUUUAUGUGGACAUGAAUUCUCACUUUUUAGAUAUCGGUACAACUCACAUUUACCAAACAGAUCAUUUAAAAGGGAAACUAUGUUCAUUUUUGAAACAUGAUAUUUUAUUAUUUUGCUAUUUAUGACAUAUGUUCAACUAUUCAUAUUGUUCCCUUUAUAUUUCUUUAAUGCCUACAUUCUGCAAUGCUUGACAGGACAACCACCGGUAUCUUUAAAUGAUUAAAAAGGGAUUGUAAAUCAUAGAACUUAUCUUAAUAUCAAACAUGUAUUGCAAUUCCCAGCGUGAUUCGUUACGAUUUUAAAAGUUUAAUGUGAUUGUGUCCUAUUUUACCAACAAUCCACAGUGCUGUCAAAAAACAAACAUGCAGAAUAUUUUAUUAUUAAACUGUAUUAUUAAAACAAAGUAGGAAUGUAAUGUAAUGAUGCGCUAAGAGACUUGUGUCACAAACUAUAAUACAUACAUAACUUCUAAAACACCCACUUAGAUUUUAAAUAAAAACAACAGUCAACUUCAUCAAGCAGACAAACCUUUGUCUACUAGCUUUAGGGUCAGAAUUGAUCAACCUAUACAGCUGGAGUAUUUUGCAGCACUGGGUAAUCACCCUGGACUGCAUGCAGUAAACCACUUUAUGUUGAAUCCGAGGAUAACCAGAAAUCAAUGAUUGAUACAAUCUAGGACUAUUCUCCAGUGUUGUAAAAUGCUCUUCAAAUAUCCAGCUUAUCCCAGCGUGGUAUAGUAUGAUCAAAUCCAUCCCAUAAAUUUCAUACAACUUUUAUGUUCCAAACUACAAUGCACGAGUCAUAAAAAAGAAAGUAUAGCUUUAAAAGAUUUCCUUCAAGUAUCUGCCAACCUGCCCCUCAUUACUUUCAGUGAGCUGGAAAAUAAGUUAGCUAGGCAAUCAUGUAGAGUUUGAGAUCAUUUAAAAAUGUAACAGCGCUAUCCAAUCCUGGUCUUCAUGUUAAGAUGAUGAGUGAGAUGCAUUGCGUGGGGUGUUUAUGUAAGUAGUUUUAUGAACGCUGUAAACUAUACUCUGGCAUCAAAUAUAGUUUGGAAAAAAAGGGUGCUGUAUAAACACUGUACUCAUCGGAAUAUGUGUUUUUGUUUGUAGGUUCUUGGUCAUAGUUAGCAUUUUGAUAUGCGAGGCAGCAUGCUUGCCUAAUGUAUAGUCCAGGUUCUCUUGAGAAAUGCAAAGGGUGCCCUGUAGGUGAAAUGACAUGCAUUUGUUUAUAAUUAAUAAAUAUGUUGUUAUACAGUACUGGGGAAUCUAUCAAUUGCAUUAAAUAUGUGGUUAUAUGCUUCUUUUCAACAUCUAUUUUUGGGGGUUGAAUACCAUGACACCUCCUAAUUAUACAACAGGUGUCGCCACCUUCCAUUUUAUGAGUAAUUUGUAACCAGCUGAGCUGACACACCAUGAUUGAGUGGGGCAGAGAUACUAGUAUACAAUCAAUAGGAAAGCAUCCUGUAUGAGUGACACCAGUUUCAUGUGCUGUGAUUUUCCUUAGCUUGGAAAUUUCAGCCCCUGGAAAAUAAACGUUAAAAGGAGCAAGCUUAGUUAUAUUCCACACGUCAAACAACAUUGAUUGGGGGAACCUUUUCUGUUUAUAAUGAAAUGUUUGCCAUUUAACAUUUUUACAGUUAUGGUUCUUUAUCGCUGUAUUUCUACUAUAGUUGAAAUUGAUAUGUUCUUGCUAAAAGUGGGGUACUGAAAUGUCUAGCGUCAGGGUUUUUAAACAUAUAAUUUGGCAGAGCUUUAUACUGCAGAAUUAUAGUUAUAGUUAUCAUAUCACAUACAGCAAUAUCAUUUUUGACAAGGUAAGGAUAUAAACAAUUUUGCUAUUCCAAUACCACAAUAUUACAAACCAACCCUGUUCAAUCCCAGUGUCAUACCAGGGUAUAGUUAAUGGUUCGAUGCCAUAUCAGGACCACUGUACAAUAUAUGUUAAAAAUGUGUGUUUUGGCAUUUCUGAUAGUAUUGUGUGAUACACAGGUAAUUUGAAUGAUAUUCUGAUAUUAUUAUUUAACCUUUUUUUAAUGGCUAAAAGACUGGAGUAAAUUAUGACUUGGUUCCAUUCUGUAAUGUCACUGUGUUUUUUUAGACUGUUUGGUCAAACCAUUGUGCUAAAAUCACAUGCACUGUCAGUUUGGAAUGACAAGAUCCUGAGAUGUUUAUCUUGUGAGCUCGACGUAACAAUUCUUUUUCAUGUAUUUUAUUAUUUACCUGUACUUAAUGAUCCACCCCAAGUCCCUGAAAAAUACUUUCUGGUAUUAGUUUACUCUAUUUAUUCAUAAUUAGAUGCCACAUUACUUGAAGUUCCAUUAAUAACAGUAUUAUUACAUAUACGCCAUCACAUGCUUGUCUCCUAAACUCCUUCAUCCAUUUACAAUAUAAUAAACAUGCAGUAAAUAAUUAUUAACAACACAUUUAAUUCAUAUUAUUGACCCCGUGACUGUUCAUAACAAUGUUGUCACCAUCAUUUGUUCACUUGAUGUAUGUAUAACCAUGCAUUCACAUUGCUUUUAUUAUACUUAAAAUCAAGGGUUACAGAUAACUGUGAAAUAAGUCUUUUAAAACACGAGUGGCAUGCAAGUUCUCAGUUGAUAAAAUUCAGACAUUAAUCUCAGGCAAAAUUAAUCAUAUAUUGAUAAAACUCCUUUGUAUGUGCCAUUUAAACACACAGAGUAAUUAAUUCCUUGUUUUAAAGAUAUGUCAGAGCUUGAUGUUACACGUUUUCUAUAUGUGAUUCACUUUUUGGAAAGUGAUUUUCAAAGAUUUAAUGGAAGGGUGUUAAAACUAAAAUAAAUGUUUAUCAAGACACCUUUUAAAUUGUUUGCUUCUUUUUCAAAAUACAUUUCCCAACAUCCUCCACAAACCAAUGUUCCUUUUUGAGCUUUGGAAAUACAUAUAAACUUCAUAUAACUUCCUAUAUACCAUGUUGCAUUUUUAUUGCAGAUUCAAUACCCAAAAUAUUUUAAACACGGUUUGUCUUUUGUGCUGAGAUGCUGAAUUGCUGAUGCUGAUGCUUAUUUUUUGUAUGUAUAUAUAUAUAUAUAUAUAUAUAUAUAAACCACUGAUUAUGUGUUCCUUAAGGAAAUUGUAUGGUAUGCUAAUAUAAUUCUGAAAAGGGUUAACUUCAAAUGAAACAUGAUUAUACAAGAAAUCCAUAGUGGUUUGAUAGCGAGACAUAGAUGAGACACUUAUAUUUAAAUCCUUCAAGCUGUUGCCCCUUGCAGUUUCUUUUUUAAGUAUACUUUUGAUGAUCCUUUCAUUUUACUACAAUCAUACCUUAAUAUUUCUGCUGUACUUAAUGUAGCUUUAUCAAAUGUUGCGUUCUCCCCAGGACUAUUGCAUGCUGGAAAGGGCAACACACCAGGGCGAGAGGUGUGGGAGGUGGCAUUCUUUUAUUUAAAUUCACAAUGUUCUUCUAUCCUUCGGACUUAUCAAGCACUACAUAUCUACAAGGUCAAUUGUUCCACCCAAAAUAACACAAAGAACUGUUUGCAUGUAUACAUAAGUUCUACAGCAAGUGUAUUAAUUCAGGUAUGUUAAUUACAGUUUAAAUUUAUGGUUGUAAACUACUUACCAUCACAGAUUUGAAGUACACAUUCUGCAGAUGGCUCUUCCUGUUAUUUUAAGCAAGAAAGAAUACUUAAUACAGUCAAAAAGCCACAAGUUACUGUUCAGAGUACUGAAAUUAGGACCUGUGCACCCUAUAUGAUUGUCAAGUCUCAUUAUAUAUACUGCAGGAUAACCUAUGUACACUUAUUAAAAACUUUUAUUAACAAUUACUAACUCCAACUUGACAUUUUUUUUCUAGCGGUAGCAAAAUCCUAUUAACCCAAACACUAACCCUUAAUAUUAAACUCGGCCACCGUGGUCUUCAAUUUGAUAUUAAAGUAUAGGGUUGACUAUUGUCUACAUUCUUCCUUAUGUUGCUCUUUUGUGCACUGCACUGUACUUCAUUAGAAAAAAAAAAGACUCAGGUUUCCCUUAUGUUCAAGUCUCAUAAAGCUGGUUUCAGCUGUAUGUGUACCCCUUUCUUUCCUCUCCAAAGCCGCCUUGUCAUUCUGUCAUUUAAACAGUCAGACUCCUGCCCUCAGUAGCAGGAGGUGGAAUAAUGUCACCUGGAACACAGAGGCAAUUCAGAAAUGUAAACCAAAAAUGUAAACAAAUUCAGAAAAGAAAAAAAGGAGACGCUUUUUUUUCUGAAAUGGUGUGAUACACGACCCCCUUUUUACAUUAACAUCAACAGAUCUUAUAAUGUAUCAAUUUCUGUAGUACUUUAUGUUAUACAUUGUAAUAACUUGGUCAGUCCAGAUGGCUCCUGAUCUUGAUUAACAGGUGUUCCAAACUACUACUCUUUUAAUGUCUGUAGACCACAGUGUAUUUUCAGUAUACUUUAAUUAUUGCUUAAAGCUUCCGUGGUAACACUUUCGUUAUAAUCAAUAAUAUUAUACUUUACAACAUGAUGCUUUUCAGUGGUAAUGUGUCAAAAACAUUGAAUUGGAAUUCCUUAUUAAUAAUUGUAAAAGCCUUAAAUAACUUGUUUUAGAUAUGUUUUAGAAAUUGAUCCUUAACUGAAGUGAUCCACUGAGCCCCUGUUACACAUCUAUUUCUGUAGAGGAGUUAAUAAGAUAUGGUAGCUUUAGGUGUCUCCCAGCUUGGGCUAAAUUGUUAAAUAUGGUUCAUUUUUUAUGAAGGAAAGUAACUGAGCCAGUAAAAUAGCGAUGUUACAGGGUGAAUGAAGGUGAGCUGAUCAAUACUAAUAUAACUGUCAUGUUGGCGAUGAAAUACGCAUCAUACCCUUCAAGAAGAGCACUAUUAAAACAGUAUGUUAUAUCCACUAGUUAUUCUAGGCUUGCUUUUUUUAAAAAUUGUGAAAAGAGAUAAUGAACCUUGGCACCAAGGCUAAAGGCAAAUUCUGGCUAUUAUACUCUGUAUCAUAUUAAAAUUAUAUUAAUAGCAAUCAAUGAAGACUGUUCACAGUAACCUAAAGGUUGAUUUGGGUCCAACUAUAGCUAUUAUGGUACAGUAUAUAGAUAGCAGUAUGAACCCUUUGUUGUUUGAAUUCACAUAGAAAGAAUGCAUUAUGCAAGCAAAUAAUAAUUAUUUAUUUUUUCUACUUCAAAAAUUGAAAAAUAUUAUCCAUGCUAUGCAAUUAAUAUAAACCAAUGAUCUAUGUGUUUGACUGGCUUCUUUUAAAUAUUUUAAGAUUCUUCAUUAUCUUGCUAAAAAGUAGGCUCAAGUCUUUGUCGGUUGUACAUUUGUGUUUUAAAUAGGCUUUAUUAUAUUAUACAAUUGUUAAUGAAGCUGAAAUGACACAUUAACCGUGCCCCUUUGUUGCUGACCAAAUGAAUCAUCUUCUGUUAGUCUACUGACUAGAAUCAGGGAUCAGUCCUGGAGAGCCACUGGGUCUGCUGGUUUUCGUUUCAACCGAGUUCUCAGUUACUUAAUUUUACCAAUUAUUGGCUUAAUUAGUCAAGAUUAACAGGUGUUCCAGAUCUUUAGCCAGUGAUGAUGUAAAGACACCUAUAAAACCUGCUGGAUAGGGGCUCUGCAGGACCAGGGUUGGAGACCUCUGGGCUAGAUUAUUAUGAUUUCAAAUUCCUGUUUUUUUAGAUGCUCAAAUUCACUACAGGUUUUAGGUUUUUUUUCACAACCCGGUACUGUAAAUUGAUGUUAAGUAAAUUGAUUCACUUUGUAUUUAAUUUUCAAAAGUAUAAUUUCACUUAAUACUUUCAAUUUUAAAUGAACCUUCUGUUUUCUCCGGGUGUAAAGAGUAAAUUGGCUUGCUUGGUUGUGGGAUCGGAGGAUGCUUACUGCCAUUCAGUUAUCGUAAUC